AGAAAUCGCAGGACAUCUAAACGCGCAUAACCUAUACAUGUCAUGUGUAAACUGCUGUAGUGUGAUUUGAAUUUAUAUUUAAAGUGUAAAAACUUCUAUAAAAAUAUGACUGAGACAGAAGAAUACUUUCCACGUGGAGGAAAGAAGCCUACAACCACAUACUUCAAACAAAGCGCAAACUUUUUAGGGGCACCUGAGAAGGGAGAAAAGAAGAGAAAGAAGCCGAAGAAGAAGGCUGAAGGUGACGAUGGAUACUUAUCGGACGAGGGCACGAAAGAGAUUGACCAAUCGUAUAAAAAUUGCGCCAACGGUUUAAGUUAUAAGACAGUGAAAGAAGGUUUAUUGUUGCUUGGCAGAGUGAAAAAUAUUUUAGAAACUAAAGUUGUAGUCAGUUUACCAUGCAGGUUGAUAGGUUCCAUUAUGGCAUGCCAUAUCAGUGAACCAUACAACAAGUUACUUGAAGCAUAUGUUAAUGAUAAGACAGACAAGGUCCUAGAGCUAGGGCAGUUGUUCCGGCCGGGCCAGUACAUCGCUGUGAAAGUGUUGGAGGUCAAGGAUGUCAGCCUCAUGCUGUCCACCAUGCCACAGCAUGUUAAUGGGCAGACCACACUAAAAGACCUGCAAAAAGGGAACUUGAUACAAGCGGCCGUGUCGUCAGUGGAGGAUCACGGCUAUGUGAUGGACAUUGGAGUACCCAACACUACAGCUUUCCUACCUAAGGCAAAUACCAACCCAGAGAUUGAGCUGGAUGAAGGUAUGAUAUGCUGGUGCAGCAUCAAGUCAGCUCCUGGCCCUGGAGGUGGCGUGGUGACGCUGACCAACGAGCUGGUGGCGCUACAGAACUCCUGGCUGCGGAACAAGACCACCGGACCAAUGUUACCGGGGUCCAACUUGGAUUUCCUUGUUGAUACGCCCCUAGAGAAUGGUAUUGAGGGUCACGUCUUCAAGGACCUCACGGCGUACGUGCAGCGGCAACACGCUGACACCGUCAAGGGAAAGAAACCUGCGCUUGGUCAGAAGAUCCGUGCUCGUCUGCUGUAUGUGAUGCCGACCAGGAACACUCCGUUCCUGACGAUGAAGAACAUCUUCGGGAGCAGUUUCCCCGAUCUAGGUGAAGAGCAACAGCUGCGGGAUGGCCAGGUCGUCGAGGACGCGCAGGUGCUGAAGAUAACUGGAAGGUCGAUACAUUUCCGGCUGGGCGGUGGGUGCUUCGGAACUAUGAGUUUGAAGCGCAUCCAAGUGGACGAAGACUUAGCUGAUGAGGAAGUGGUCGCAAAGUCCUACCCUAUAGGCAGCACACACAAGGUCCGAGUGUUGUGUUACAACUUGUCUGACUACGUCUACUCGGUGACUGACCAGCCUGACGUCAUCGCUGAGAAGUACUUCAACCUGGAACAGCUCCGCGCCGGAGACCUGGUUGACGCCACUGUCAAGAGUGUCGCCGACAACCAUGUCCUACUCAACGUUGGCAGGGUUACAGGCUACGUAUCACAAUCGCAUCUAUCUGACUCAGGGAUUUUCACAGACCCAAAGAAGCCUUCAGUUUCAAAAUUACCGAAGAAAAAGUACAAGGUUGGUCAAGCAGUGAAAGCUCGCGUGCUGGUGGUGGACCCCACAAAGCAGACUCUAUUCCUAACCUUAAAGCCGUCACUCCUCUCGCCAGACCUUGAAAUAUUGGACAGUUACAACACCACCGCCAUCGGGAAAGUUUACACCGGAGUCAUUAAGACUAUACGAGAUUAUGUGUUGGUUCAAUUCUUCAACAACGUGAUCGCGUAUGUACCGUCUCAAUUCGUGUCCAAGGAGCCACUUGAGAACGUUUCAGAAGCAUUCCACAUUGGUCAAAUUGUAAAAUGUACGAUACUACGAGUGAAUCCUGAAGAAAACAAGAUGUCUGCCAGUUUCAUAACGCCACCGUUCAAGGAAAUCAAAGACGGAAGAGCUAACAAGCGCAAACAACAACAGAGCGAUAAUGUUCCAAAUAAAAAAAAUAAAAACAAUGACGACCUAGUAAAAGAUAAAAAGAAAACACCAAAAGAAGAAAAUAUAGAAGAAUCAGAAACCGAACACAAACCUGAAGUUGACAAGAAGAAAAAGAAGAAAGUUGUCCUAGAACAAAAGGAUGAGUCAGACCCAGGUGUAGAAGAAGAAGUCAGUAAGAAAGAUAAAAAGAAAAAAUCAAAAGAAAAAACAGCAGAAGAAUCGGACACUGAAGACAAAAAAGAAUUGGACAAGAAGAAAAAGAAAAAACCUAAAGUGGAACAGAAUGACGAGUCAGAACCAGACGCAGAAGAAGUUAGUCAGAAAGGAAAAAAGAAAAAAACAAAGAAACAGAAAGCAGACGAAUCAAACGAUGAAACAGAACGUGAAGAAAAAGACAAGAAUAAGAAGAAAAUAGAAGUUUCAGAAGAAAGUGACGCUAUAGAAACAGAUUUAAACGAAGAAGUUGAGAUACUAACACCGCAAGACCAGGCUCUGGUAGACAUGAGCACCUGCACCACAGGAAAGCAAUGCAAACGUCGCGUCGUAUCCCUGUUAAAGGCAGUGAACAACAGGCAGAAACGCCUCGAAAAGAUAGAGAGGAAGAUUAUGAGGAUAGAGGAGAAGGGCCUCACUCCGGACACAAAGCUGUUCCACACUGCGAUGCAAAACGACAGGAUCAUCGUGAAGGAGAGGCUAGCUCUGCUGAUGGAGGCUUUGACCAAAGCGCAAGCCAAGCUCAAAGAGUUUGGAGUAGAGUUCAAUAAAGAUUAUAAAAAAGAGAAACGGCAGGUAAAAGAAGAUACCGAACAGAAGAACGUUCUAGAAGUUAAAGUGUUGGAGAGCUUAGAGCCAGCGCUGGAAGCACCCAGCGCUCAGGACUUCUGGACUGCUUCAGUCGAGGACCCAAAGCCAGUAGAAGACGACGAGGACAGCAGCAGUGAAGACGAGGAUAAAGAGCAGCCUAAGAAGAAACGCAAGAAGUUGUCGGUAGCUGAGAAGUUGGCCAAGUUGCGGGAGGAGGAAGAAAGAGUGAGGGAGAUGGAGAGGAAAGCUACGGAGAGUGAGAGUCAGCCGCGUUCCAGCGAGCAGUUCGAGCGCGCCCUCCUCGCGCAUCCCAACUCCAGCCAGCUCUGGAUCGCGUAUAUGGCUUUCCAUCUUCAGGCUGCAGAUAUCGAGAAAGCGCGCAACGUCGGCCGAAGAGCACUGUCCACAAUGUCCUUCCGAGAGGUACUGGAGAAGUUCAACGUGUAUGUCGCCAUGCUCAGCGUCGAGUGCAGAUUCGGUACCAAGGAAUCCUUACAGAAGGUACUAGAGGAAGCACUUCAAAUGAACGAACCACAGAAGAUCCACUCGAAACUGCUCGACAUUUACGUGGAGACAGGCAAGCAUCAGGACUUGGUCGCGUUGGUGGAGCUGAUGAUGAGGAAGUACAAGCGUGAGCCCAGCAUGUACAUACAGUGCGGGGCUGCCUGCUUCCAACUUGGGCUUGUGGAGAAGGCGCGCCAGGUGAUGCAAAAAGCUAUUUCUCUACUCGACAAAAAAGAACAUGUGACGGUACUAGUCCAGUUCGCGUUGAUGGAGAACCGUAACGGCGGCCGGGAGCGAGCGGAGGCUCUGUUCGAGCAGGUACUGGCGGUGUACCCCGCCCGCGUCGAUGUAUGCAGCACUUACGUCGAUAUGCUGGUGAAAAACGGUGAUAAGGAGCAUGUCAGGCAAGUAAUGGAGCGCAUGACAUCGCAAACGUUGCCGGCGAGGAAAAUGAAGAUUUUGUACAAGAAGUGGAUCGAGGUGGAGGAGAGGAUGGGAGACCACGACCAGGCCGAGGUCAUACGGCAGCGAGCCGCGCAGUACAUGGAGAAAGCCAAGUUUUAAACUCAUGUGAUCGAACUUAUAAUUAAAUAUCUCAUUUCAAA